CCGGCCUCUCCGCUGGGCACCGGACAGCGGCAGGCCGGAGCGCGGAGGGCCGAGGACUCGCGCCCACCAGGCGGGGCUGCAUGAGGCCCCCGCGCGGCCAGUCCUUCUGGCUGCUGCUCCUGCUCGCAGCCGCCUGCGCGGGGAUCCUCCUCGUCCUGUACUCCUCGCCGGUGGAGCGGUUCCCGGGGUCCCAGUCCCGAGCCAGGAACAUCUCGCCUCACCAAGCAUUCUUCCAAUCCAAGGCAAGGCGUUCUGGGAACACAAAGAGCCGGCCCUGCCCACAUCCGCUUGACCUGGCCAUUCUGAGGCACCAACGCUUCCGGAAACUGUUUGAUCUCUCCACUCCAGUGCUGCUGUGGGGGGGCCUCUUCACCCCAGAGCUCUGGGACGACCUGAGUCAGCAGAAGGGCCCCUAUGGCUGGCGGGGACUCUCACACCAAACCAUCGCCUCUACCCUGAGCCUUCUGAACAGCUCAGAGAAUGAAAGACUGUUUGCCGCCUCGGGGGGCCCCUCCCCAGACUGCAUUCGCUGUGCCGUGGUGGGGAAUGGAGGCAUUCUGAACGGGUCCCGGCAGGGUCUGCAAAUUGAUGCCCACGACUACGUGUUCAGACUCAAUGGAGCAGUGAUCAAAGGCUUUGAGCAAGAUGUGGGCACCAAGACUUCCUUCUAUGGUUUCACUGUGAACACCAUGAAGAACUCCCUCAUCUCCUACCAGAACCUGGGCUUCACUUCUGUGCCGCAAGGACAGGACCUGCGUUAUAUCUUCAUCCCCUCAAGCAUCCGUGACUACCUGAUGCUGAGAUCAGCCAUCCUGGGUGUGCCUGUCCCAGAGGGCCCUGACAAAGGGGACAGGCCUCACACCUAUUUUGGACCGGAAGCCUCUGCCAGUAAAUUCAAACUACUGCACCCAGAAUUCAUCAGCUACCUGACAAAGAGGUUUUUGAAAUCAAAAUUGAUUAACACAACCUUUGGAGACCUAUAUAUGCCCAGUACUGGGGCCCUCAUGCUGCUGACAGCUUUGCAUACUUGUGAUCAGGUCAGUGCCUAUGGAUUCAUCACAAAGAACUACCAGAAAUAUUCUGACCACUAUUUCGAACGAGUAAAGAAGCCACUGAUAUUCUAUGCAAACCAUGAUCUGCCCCUCGAAGCCGUUCUGUGGAGAGACCUACAUAAGGCUGGCAUCCUUUGGCUGUACCAGCGCUGACCCCAAAGCACAAAGCCUUCUGCUUCUUGCAGGGCUGUGACCCUGGUACCCACAAGUGGCCAAAAGCCCUCCCCCCUUUUUUUCACCUUUGAGAAGGGGGUUCACUCCCCCUGAUCCUCUACUUCCCAACAGAAGAUACUGAGGUGAACUCGUGACUGUUACUAAAAGGAGGGCACCCUAUCUUACCAUCUAAAGGAAAACCCUCUGGGUCUUAGACAUCCCAGUUUGGUUAAAGGAAAGCAGACUGCUUUGCUGGAUUUAUUUCAAAAUUGAAGACAACAUUCCCAACAUCAGUGACCCUUACCAGCAAGAGGCAGGCACACCUUGGAGCUAAGCAAGAGCCAACAGACUUAGAUCAAUGAUGCCAUUCAGGAUCCAUCAGUAACCAAGAUCAAGCCAGACAAGCAGGCAAACACACAAUCCCAGCCCCAACUCUCCCCUAAUGGCAUGUCAUCCCCAAAUACCAAAGUCACUCAACUGAGGACAUCUCAAGCACCUGAGACCAUGAUUUUUCUGUCCCCUGAUAAAGUGUAAGAGCAAAAGGCAAAAGUAAAACUCAAGACUAGGUUAACUGCAUAAAUGACCAUUUUGUCUUGUGCUGGGGGUUGGCAGAGAAAGUACAGAAGAUGCUGGUGUCCAGCACGAAGUUUACCAGAGUCCAAGAACAGGAGAUACUGGUGUUUGAUGGGAGUCAACUGCAUAGAAGCCUGCCUGCCACCGCUACCAACGCUGAGGAUCUUGUCACCAACAGGAUGACACUACUGGUGAUGAAACCUCAUCCUCACAUCAUGGCUUCAAUAAAUUUGAACCUAUCUAGCUCA